UUGUUUAAGGUUACAUUUUAGUCAUUUAUGUUUGAAAUGUUAUGUUUUAGUCACUAAACUGUUAAUUGUCGUUAAUGGUGUAACGGUAAGAUGACGUGGCAUGUUAAAUAAUCAUUUCAAACGAAAAUUCCAGGUUAAAUUAUACAAUUGGUCCCUAUAUUUUUUCGUUUUUAGCAAUUUAAUUUUUUUUCUUUUAUUUCUUUUUAGCUUUCCUUUUUCCUUUUUUUCCUUUUUCAUUCUUUUUUGCUUCUCCCUCUGUUUUCCUCCUUUUUCCCUCUAAGACGAUCCUCGCCAUCGAUGCUCCAUCUCUCCCUUAUCCAACAACGACUCCUAACCUGCCAAUUCUUGUCAUUGCCUCUUACCGACGCUUCAAACAUCGACCCCAACAAUAAAAAGGGUUCAUUUUCCAGCACUUUCGUAAAAUGGGUCUCUGGAAUCGCUGUUGGUUCGAGCAUAGGUGCAAUCUGCUGGUGGUACUCAACUUCAACUUCGGAUUGGGGUUCUGCUUUUUUUCAAUAAACACUUUUUUGUCUUUCUCCAAAUGGUCAAUGGAAAGUGAUGAAUCUACCACCGAUGGUUCGAAAACCAUGUUUCAUAAAGUAGCUCUUCCUGACUAUAACUCUAAGUUCAUCUUGGGAGAGGUGUAUAGAAGGAAAGUUUUCUUUAACUAUGAGAAGCGAUUAAGAUUGCGGAGUCCACCGGAAAAGGUUUUUGAGUAUUUUGCCUAUUUUCAAAUAUCGAAAGGGGAAUUGUUCAUGAGACCAGUUGAUAUAAUGCAAGCUGUGGUUCUUGUUUUUCCUUCAUUUGAAUCCCACAUUGUUAGAGAUGGUUAUUUGACAAAGGAAAGGAAAGUUGGGAUUACUAAGAAUCUGCCCUUACUUUCAGUAAUGCCUCAGCAAAAUCGUACUCAAUCUACUGCUCAGAAGAGACCUAAAGUGACUUACUUCUUUUGA